AUGGGGAAAGGAAGUGGUUGCAUACCAAGCAAGAAAAAGUUACCAAUUUCGGAACCAGAAAAGAAUGAUCCUGUUGUUAGUGCUGAAAGCCUAAUUCCAAAAAAUGAUGCAACAAGUAGAAGCCAAGAGGUGCCACCACCACCCCAAGAAGUGAAAAAGCUGAAAGUUUUCAUUGUUUACUACUCAACAUAUGGGCAUGUGGAGUCAUUGGCGAUAUCCUUGAAAAAAGGGGUUGAUUCCAUUGAAGGAGUUGAAGGGGUGUUGUACCGUGUGAUGGAGACACUACCUAAGGAGGUUUUACAACUCAUGAGUGCACCUGAAAAGGAUGAUCAAGUGCCACUGAUAUCUGCAGAGAAGUUAGUUGAGGCUGAUGGGUUGCUGUUUGGGUUUCCAACAAGGUAUGGAAGUAUGGCUGCGCAGAUGAAGGCCUUUUUUGAUUCAACAGGUCAGUUAUGGCAGCAGCAGAAGCUGGCAGGUUUGCCUGCUGGCUUCUUUGUCAGUACUGGCACUCAGGGUGGUGGCCAAGAAACCACAGCUUGGACAGCAAUCACACAGUUAGCCCACCACGGGAUGCUAUAUGUUCCUAUUGGUUAUACCUUUGGUGCUGGAAUGUUUGAAAUGAACUCCAUUAGAGGUGGAUCUCCAUAUGGUGCUGGUGUUUUUGCUGGUGAUGGUUCAAGGCAAGCAAGUGAAGCAGAGCUGGCCCUUGCAGAGUAUCAAGGCAGCUACAUGGCUACAAUAGUGAAGAAGUUACGCCAGAAAAAUUAG